CACGCGUUGGGUGUAUCAAAGCCAAGAUGGCUGGUAGUUAGGUACGAGUCUACUCUUUACGGAGAAUCCGGAGAUGGACGAAGUGUUACGAUUGCUUCGCAACCACAGCAGUGUCUCGAAAAAAAAUGUCUACAUACAGACAUUUACAACAAUGCUCCUUUGGUGGGGAAUAGUGUUUACCUGUGGUCUCAGCUCCCUCGCAUUUGCUGAUACGGGUGUCUCGAGUGUUCAAGAACGGUCAUGUGACAACGCCCGCUGCAGGCCUCUUUCUUGCAGGGACAGCUUCACGCCACCCUGGGAGUGUUGUCCCGUAUGCAGACAUGAUCGGUCCUGUUAUUACAAAGGAAAAGUCUACAGAGACAGGGAGCGAUUCCGUGAAAAGUGUAACAACUGUGUGUGUUCAGACGGAGCUGUACUAUGCUCAGAAAUAAACUGUCCUGACAAGCCAGGAGUGUGCCCCAGGCGGACGAUUGGAUCGUGUGUGGACCUUUGUUUCUGGGAUUACGAUUGCCCUGGCGAACAGAAGUGCUGCUCAAACGGCUGUGGACACGUGUGUUCCAUUCCUCAAGACCCAGACACCGUAUGCUUCGUAAAUGGAGUAUACUACUAUGAAGGUGAACGCGUUCCACCACGAUCUAGUCACCCGUGCGAGGCCUGCUACUGUAGAGGGGGUUCCGUCACGUGCCAGAUGAUUGUGUGCCCUGUAUGUGACGGCCCAACGCAUCCUGGCGAGUGUUGUCCGAGAUGUGACUAAUUAACCGGCACCAAUAUGCCUACACAGCUACAUGUGCGCGGUUUUGCAACCCCACUGUGUAAAGCCAACUUUAUUAUAAAACAAGCGUUUUGCCAUUCGGUAUUCUGUGUCAAUAAUAUCAAUAUAACAUGUUCUUCUUUUAAAUGUGCAAGUACUUUCAUUAAGCAUGAACAUGCGAAGUACUUCGUAAAAUAGAUACUUUGUUUAUGACUUUCCAUUUAGCUAGAAUAACGAAAUUCAUCCAUCACCGCGUUUUAAAUAUUUUUUAUGUUAACGUGUCAAUGCACAUAAAAGAUUCCCAGUUUUCGCUAAUAAACGCACACUUAAAAUUAUGCAAAAAGUGA